CUGCUAGUGAAUGAACGAUGCGACUGCAGGUUACUCGCGCACAGUGAUGACGUUUACUCCUGGUGUCGACAAAAACAAACAUGGAGGAAUAUGCCCGUGAACCCUGUCCGUGGAGGAUCGUGGACGACUGUGGAGGGGCUUUCACCAUGGGAGCUAUUGGAGGAGGAGUGUUUCAAUCAGUCAAGGGUUUCCGUAAUGCUCCUGCUGGUGUUAGGCAUAGAUUGAAAGGAAGUGCAAAAGCAGUCCGUAUCCGAGCUCCACAGAUUGGAGGCAGCUUUGCAGUUUGGGGUGGUCUCUUCUCAACUAUUGACUGUGGUCUGGUCCAUUUAAGAGGAAAAGAGGAUCCCUGGAAUUCAAUUACAAGCGGUGCUCUAACAGGGGCUAUUCUGGCAGCACGCAGUGGCCCUCUAACUAUGGUGGGCUCUGCAAUGAUGGGAGGGAUUUUAUUGGCUCUUAUUGAGGGGUUUGGAAUACUUUUAACCAGAUAUACAGCGCAGCAAUUUCAGAACCCGAUGCCUUUUGCAGAGGAUCCUAGUCAGUUGCCUCCAAAAGACAGAGGCCCAUAACAAGUGCCACAUUUCAGUACAACAACAUCUCUACAAAAAGCACAAAGUGAGUAACUCAGAUGUCACUUUGUCAUAUUACAAACACUGUCAGGCCUCUUACUGGUUAGUGUGCCAUCCUGCUGCAUUAAGUGUUAAGAACUCAGGACAAUAUAAUUUAUUAUUUAGUGAAAGGUUGAAUGUGACCUAUUGAAGUACAUACAUGUUGCUUUGCACUAGUUUUAUGUUCAGUUUUUUUUUUUUUUUUUUUUUUUAUGAGGGAAUUUGUGCAAUAUAUAUGUACUGGAGAAGUGAAUAGCCAAAGAUUUUAAAAUUGUAUGCAUGUCGGUUUUACAAGUUUAAAAUAUUAAAAUGUAAAAAAUAUUUUAGUUGUUCAUUGAUCUGGCUAUUUAUUCAACAACUGAAUAGUUUUUUUCCUGUUUUAUUGUGUAAUGCAUUUAGCAACCAAGCACUUUGUGAUUUAUGUUCUUCACUUCUGAGGCGGCAACUACCAAAAUGGCGUGACAAUUUGGUAGCAUGAUUCAUUUGAGUCAUAGUCAAUAUAAAGUUGUAAUAUUAAUGUUGUCUUGGUCAGUUUUAUUUCAUAUUUUUUGUUGUUGUUUGAUAUUUG